UACGGGCGCGUGCUGUCAGCCUCACCUGGAGAUGACCGGGGUAAUUAAUUUGACACGCGCCCGUUACUUUCACUUUAAUGUACCGACUAGACUAAAGUGGCGCUUCUCAGUUUAGUCAAUAAGCUCAUUAAAACAACAAUAACAAAAAAAAGCAAAGGGACUUUAGACGGGGUGUUUUUUGUUUUGUUUUUUAUUUUCUUUUGGAAAAAAACGUAAUGAAAACUGCAAAGGACGAUGGAGAGGUGAGAGGGAUGACGACGAUUAAUUGUUUUAUAGAAGAGGCGCCUCCAUCUGGGAUGUCCAAGAAUGGAUACUUCUUUCAAGAAAUGGAGCAGCGGGAGGUGGAGCAAGAGGAGGGCAGCGAGUGCCGAGAGGAAGGACAGGACUUACCGAUCGCCUGUGGAGAAGACAUCCACCUCUAUGACAACCAGAUCAGCCCUGGGCCAGAUGCUGACGACUCUGGUUGUGUGUUACUGAACACAUCAAGACGGUAUGUGAAGCUCAUGAACUUUGAGGAGGAGGUUCGGGCACACCGGGACUUGGAUGGCUUCCUGGCAAGGGCUAGUAUAUUGUUGGAUGAGACAGCCGCCUCCCUGGAUGAUGUUCUCAAGAGAAUGCUGCAUCACGUAGCCGAGGACAGCCUCGUGUGUGAGCCUGGGUGCAACUUUGAGGAGGUGAUGAGCAUGCUUUUCACAGACGCAGGAGCUCAAGAAGUCAACGAGAAGUCUCAAAGUUUCGUUUUCUUUGAUGACGUUCAUCUGCUGUCUGAGACGAUCCAAGGUGUGACGGCAACAGCCACUGGGGUCCAAUACCAGCAGUCCUGGCUCUGCAUCCUCUGCAACGUCAAGCACCUCCAGAGACGUCACGUGUGCAUCUCCCGUCUGGAAAGGCCGCAAAACUGGGGAGAGAAUUGCUGCGAGGUCCGCUAUGUCAUCCUGAUACUUGCCCCAUCGAAGAUGAAAAGCACCAAGACAGCAAUGGAGCUGGGCAGGACAUUUGGCACCCUGUUCUCUGACAUCUCCUUCAGACAGAAGCUGUUAGAGACAAAGACGCAGGAGGAGUUUAAGGAGGCUUUGGUUUUCCAGAGGCACCAGCUUACUGCAGCCAACCAGCAGCCCAUUCCUCUGGGAAAGAAGGAGACGGUUCCCCGCAGUCAUAAACCUCUCAAGUGUAAAGAUUUCUUCAGAGCCGGUCGAGGGAUUUAUGAGGACUUGCGUCGCAGACUGCCUUUCUACCCUUCUGACUUCACAGACGGUAUAGUUGGAAGUAAUAAAACCCUGCUGAAGUACAUGACCACAGCCAUCUUCCUCUACAUUGCCAUCCUCCUCCCUGCUAUCGCUUUCGGCUCCCUCAAUGAUGAGAGUACCCGUGGCGAAAUCAAUGUUCGGAAGACUAUCAUUGGCCAGAGCAUCGGUGGAGUCAUCUACUCAUUAUUUGCUGGCUCCCCUUUAGUUAUCCCUCUCACCACUGCUCCCCUUGCCAUCUUUAUCAGUGUGAUCCGAGGAAUCUGUGAUGACUACAACUUGGAUUUCCCAGCCUUCUACGCCUGCAUUGGUUUGUGGAACUGCCUCUUCCUUAUCCUGGGAGGAAUCUUUAAUGUCAGUCUGCUCAUGAAGCUAUUUAAAAGGUCAACAGAAGAAGUCAUUGCUCUAUUCAUUUCCAUAGCAUUUGUAGUUGAUGCUGUAAAGGGAACAGUCAAAAUCUUUCAGAAGUACUACCUAGAAACAACUCUGGAAAACAGCAGCAUAGUUUUUCCUCAGGGUGGAGACCUGCAGGGAGGAAACAGGAGUGAGGUGGUGGCCAGGUCUGCGUUGGAUGUUCUGCCUGAAUCUGUCAUCCAGUGCACUAGAGAGAGGCCACUCCUUUGCCUUCUGCUGAUGCUCGGAACAUUAUGGAUGGGCUAUACCCUCUAUCAGUUCAAAAGAAGUCCGUUCCUGCAUGCCAAAGUGAGAGAAGUGCUGUCGGACUGUGCCCUGCCGAUCUCAGUGCUGCUCUUCUCCUUCAUUGGCUCCUACAUUUUUAGCGACAUCGAGCUUCCAGUCUUUAAAGAUCACGAUCGGCCCGUGUUCAACGUGGCGCCUUUUGAGCGGCUGUCGGCCAUGAACGUAGUCAGCGCCAUGGGACUCGGCUUCCUCCUGGCUCUUCUCAUCUUCAUCGACCAGAAUAUUGUGGUUUCUCUGACCAACGCUCCAGAGAACAGGUUGCUCAAGGGUACGGCGUAUCACUGGGACCUGAUGCUCUCUGGCCUCAUUAACAUACUCAUGUCGGUGCUGGGGUUGCCCUGGAUGCACGCCGCCUUCCCCCACUCCACCCUACAUGUGCGCCAGCUGGCUUUUGUGGAGCAGCGUGUGGAGGGGGGGCACCUCUAUGAGACUAUUGUCCAGGUAAAGGAGACCCGCCUGACAUCUCUGGCUGCCAACAUCUUUAUUGGCGUAUCAGUUCUGCUGCUGCCCGUUCCACUGCAAUGGAUACCCAAACCCGUCCUGUACGGCCUCUUCCUCUACAUCGCCCUCACCUCCAUCGACGGAAACCAGAUGUGUGACCGCAUGGCUCUCCUCCUGAAAGAACAGACAUCUUACCCACCUACCCACUACAUUCGCAAAGUGCCCCAGAGGAAGAUCCACUACUUCACCUUCCUGCAGAUGAUGCAGCUGCUGGUGCUGUGCACAUUUGGCAUGUACCCGAUACCGUACAUGAAAAUGAUCUUCCCUCUGGUUAUGAUCCUCUUAAUCCCCAUCAGGAACAACGUGCUUCCUCAUAUCAUUGAGGCCAAAUACCUGGACAUCAUGGAUGCCCAACACAUGUAGCUUCAAAAGGAUUCAAGCUCUGGAUCAUCAAAGAGUCCCUGUAAGGAGGAGAAAAAUGGAAAUAAAAAACAAAGAAUUAAAAAAAAAAUUCUUAUUUUUUGAUGCAAAACUAUAAUGAGCGCAAAUAUGAGAAAUCCCGACUGUUUAGAUUUUUGUAUCCAGGAAGUACAUUCUGCCAGAUGAAGCACUGAAAAAACAUGGGAAGUCAAGGGAGGACGACAACUGAGAGUUUUCAUCAAUAUAUCCCGGAAUAGAACUAAAACGUCUCUGUGAAAAAGUCCUCCUUGAAAACAAAAGAAAACGGACUGUUCCUGUCUCGCCUCCGUUUCACCAUGUCUGAUUGUGCAGUGCCAUAAAAGUCUUUGUCCUCGUAUCACAACUCACCUUUUUAUGGUAACACUUCACAAUACCUUUUUUGCAGUGUGCAACGUACGUGUUGGCAGGUGCUCCAAGUAUUUCCGAUACUGUGUGAUUUAAUAAUACAAAAUGCUGCAAGGGUACACUAUGUUGUACCAAGAAAGGGGUAAUGGCACAAUGUAAUUAUAAACCUGAUCUAUCUUUUGACACGUUUGCACUUAUAUUUUUUUUACACAGUUAUGGGUGCAUCUCAAUGCAUUAAAUAUGAAAAAAGUUGAUUUAUUUUAUUAGAUCUGUUAAACAUAUUAUAUAUAAACUCAUAACAAUGUUUGUUGUUAUGGCUUAAAACUAAUAAAAACUUAUAUUUAAUUUUUAUUUUUAAACAAUUUCACAUAAACAAAUUAUAAUGUAUAUUUUCAAUAGAGACAUAUUCUAAUUCAACCUCUAUAAUAAUGGGGAGGUUUGCUGAUUUAAGAGCUCAGGAAAAUUGAGUAUAAAAAGAGAGACCACAGAUAGAUAUAUCAUUGAAUUAAAUUUUUAACUUUUUGAUUACAUUCUAAUAUGUUGAGAUGCACCUAGAUAUGGGUAACUUUUACCCACUUACACUGUGUUGAGAAGUAACUAAAAAGAACUUUGAACGGGUCAGUUUAGAGCACUGCAUUAUGGCCACUGUAAAGUCUGCUUUUUUUUCCUUGCCAUUGUGCAGCGUUCCAGCAUUUAGAUUUCUGCACCUUUUUAGCCGUUUGCUGUGAAUGACACUUGUGCACAUGUUUCGUUUCCAUGUCAUUCCAACAAGUGUCCAUAUUGUAUAAGGAGGAGAUUAGAGAGUUUGUAUUGUGUCAUUAACACAGUACUUUUCUGCCAGCUCUUUAGAAAAUGUAUUUUUAAAGGUGGAUUACAUCUUUAGAUGAGCAAAUAAAAACAUUCCACGGGUAUAUAUUAUUUCUAAUCACUUAGAAUGACAGCACAAGCCAAAAACAUAUAGUAAUGUCUUUAUCUAAAAACAUAUAUAUAUGUAUGUAUAUGUGUAUAUAUAUAUAUAUAUAUAUAUAUAUAUACAUAUAUAUAUAUAUAUAUAUAUAUAUAUAUAUAUGAUGGCAAUAUACAAAAUAUUAUAGGUCAAUUUUAAUAAAAAUAGAAUAUUUAUUUGUCGUAAUGAUAGUUUAUCUUUUUUGGGAAAUGAAAGUUUUUGUCUCUUUACCCUGAUCUGAGAACAGUGUGUUUUCCGUUUCUUCUGUCCAUUCCACUGCCUGUUUCAUACAGCUCUGCCACAGUGUUUACAUAUCAAAGUCCCGUCCAGCUUCAUGUUAUCAGCUGACAUAUAGCUCAGCUUCAAAGCUUGCAUAGACAUAAGGUUAAAGGUCGGAAGAUACAACAAAAGAUC